GAUGUGGUCCGAUCUGUGAUGGACGGCUACAACGGCACCGUAAUGGCUUAUGGCCAGACGGGUGCUGGCAAGACACACACGAUGACCGGCGGGCACAUGGGCUUCGCCGACCGUGGGAUCGUGCCAAGGGCCAUUUCGGCGAUUUACUCGGAGGCAGCUGCGAGGCCUGAGAACAACAUCACCAUUAAGCUCUCCUACGUUGAGAUCUACAACGAGCUGAUGUUCGACCUGCUCACUGACGUUGGCGUUGCGGAGCAGAGCGGCGAUCUUACCAUCGUCGAGGAUGCCCGUGGCAACAUCCAGGUGCGUGGGCUGUCGACCCCGGUCGGGGGGACAGAAGAAGAGGCCCUGCACAUCUUCUUCCAGGGCGACACUAAUCGCCACGUCGCGGAGCAUGCCCUGAACAAAGGGUCGACGCGCUCCCACGUCGUCUUUACGAUCUACGUGGAGAGCAGGUCGCGCGUGGAGUCCAGCGAGAAGGUGAUCUUCUCGAAGCUGCACUUAGUGGACUUGGCAGGUAGCGAGCGAGUCAAGAAGACCGGCUCGGACGGGGUGAUGCUGAAGGAGGCAACAUUUAUCAACAAGUCGCUGACGUUUCUGGAGCAGGUGGUCGUGGCUCUUGGCAACAAGCAUCGAGACCACAUUCCGUAUCGGCAAUCCAAGCUGACUCACAUGCUCAAGGACUCGCUAGGAGGAAACUGCAAGACAGUGAUGGUUGCCAACAUCUGGCCUGAGGCCAAGAUGCUUGAAGAGACCGCAAGCACGCUGCGCUUUGCGACUCGGAUGAUGAAGGUCUCCAACGAAGCCUCGGUCAAUGUGCAUCUCGACCCGCAGCUUCUUAUAAGGAAAUACGAACGUCAGAUCAAAGACCUCAAACAGGAGCUGGCGAUGCAUGACACCUUGGCCGGUAGAAGUCGGGUGCAGUACGAGGAGUACUCCCCCGACGAGCAGAAGGAGCUCGAAACCAAGGUGCAGAUGUAUCUGGAGGGGGAAGUGCAGGAGAUCGAAGUUUCCAGUCUACGCAUGGUCUACGAGUCCUUCACUUGCUUCCGAAAGUUGUACCAAGACCUCCGUACCGAGCUGCUGAACCGGCCUAUACAGGCUGCACCGACUGCUGGCGGCGAUGCAGAG